UUUUGCCACGGGUCUACCUCUUUUUUUCGUACUACUCUUUUUCGUUGCUAUCUUUGAACAUUUGCGGGCUAAAUAUAAUAUUCCGAGUACUGCUCUUGGUUGACUCCACUCUGUAUUUAUUCCGUUUUUUAUUUCCACACACACACGUAUACACCAUGUACUUUACACCUCCCAAACUCUAACUGAAUUGCAUGCUUUUCACCACCCACACAUUCCUAUUACCAAUUUGCACACAUACACAUAUACAUACAUACACAAAACCAGACUAUGGACAUACUUCCAGAAGCGGUCAAAUUCGCAGCAGCGGCCGCCCUAUACGACUUUCGGAUAGGCGAUCCGUUCAACCGCCUUGUGGACUACCUCGUAGCGCUGCCGGCUGCAUGGGAGCCAGAGCACGCCAACAAGCAGCCAUUCGAACCAUUGGCACCGGCGACAACAAUGGCAGCGGCAAUCAAAACCCAAUACACCUCCGGCGGAAUAGCAGCGUCCGUGCAGCCGAGAGCAUACAGCUGUUCGGGCUUUUUGUGUCUCGCGCUAUUUAUCGGCUUUAUAAUAAGCAGGAUCCACGUGCUCGUGCACAGACAGCGCGUGCGGCCGCUGGGCAUGUGGGUGCGCGUGGCGGUUUAUCUACCAACGCACCUUCUUCUGCUCAGAACGCUUUCUAUUGUUUGCGUCACUCUCGAUCGCAGCGAUCGCUCGUCACAUGGCGCUACGCCAUGGAUGCAGGGGCCUAUAGAGUAUGUGUCUCGGUUUGCGCAGGAGCAGGGGUGGGCUGAGCAGGGCGACAAUGCCGGAGACUCUGCGCAUGCCCUGUGGCUGUCGUUUGCUACCACCUGUCUUUUUGACUGCGUUGACGUGUUUGUCGCCCGGCUCGAAGGCAGCCUGUGCGCCCCCUACGAGUACAUUGGCGGGCUGGUCGAGCACACAUCACUGUAUUACUUUUACGGCGGGUCGCUGCGGAUCCAAGAGCUGGCGCUGCUCAAUGUCUUUGAAAAGCUCCUGGUCAGCCACACCCUCAUGAUGGUCACCAACGGGUGGCAGUGGCGCCUACUGCCAACGGGCGCCGCCAAUCUGCUAAUGCUCCACCACUUUAACAUGUACCCGUUUGUGCAGGUUAUGUCGAUGUCACUGCUGGGAAUUUCGUUCCUCAUUGUUCUGACCACUGUGUCUAUCCGUUGGCUGGCCGCCACCAUUGACAGACUGGGCGUCAUCCGUCGUCAGCGCACCCGCCAGUCAGCUGCUGCGUCUGGUGACAAUGGCGAGGACGAGGACGAGACACUGUACGAGCUAACCCAGGGUGUCUGCCUGCCGCUGUACCCCGACUUGCGCCGCGACUUUAGCGUUGAGAUUCUUGAUCUUGCCGGCACCUGCUUGCAGCAGUACAGCAACCAGAUCCGCUCAUCCGGCUUCUCGCGGGAGUGCGGCGCCAUGCGGAUCCCGCGCACCACCGCGCUGACGAUAGCUAAGAAGCAAGCUGGUGCCGGCACACUGCAGGGGCAGAGAGAUAUGUGCGGCAUGGCGUGUUUAUCGACGACGAGCCCAAUGCCCUCAAACUCGAUGGAUAUGGUGGGACACGCGCGCGACUCGAUUCGCAAGCUUUCUGUUGCUGUUUGGUCCUUAUGCGUUGCGCUGGGAUACUGCGUGCUGAACCGUAAGGCGGUUUCGCGAGGAACCACAGCAGCCAACGGCAGGAUUCUUGCGCUGGGUAACCGAGGCCGUGAAAAUUGGCGGCGAUAUGGAUAUAACGACUGCGAUAAUGGGUGCGCAUAUGGUCAACUUGACUUGGUCAAUGCCAAAUAUGAGGACAGCAGCGGCGACGAUGCUGAUUUUGAUUUUGUGGCAAUGAGCGACAGCGACAGCGAAAGCGAGAGCGAUUUUAGCGAGAGCGAUUUUAGCGAGAGCGACGAUACGAGAUAUAUCGGGAGUCAGGGCAGGUUCAAAGAGACCGCGGACUUGGUCUGUGACAUCCUCGACAAUUCGGACGACAUCGCGAGUCCCAGUAGCCAACUGGCCUCAGCGAUGGCCUUCAUAGCGCACUCUAUAUUUGACAACAUCUCACCAGGAGUGCUCGCCAGCAAAAGCGGCAACUCAACG